AUGGAGGGGAAAGAGCGAGUAACUUGGGGUCCCAGUGUGGGCGCCGGGGGAGGCACAUUCGAUAUCGACAGCAUUCCAGGCAGCCUGUCACUUCUUUACACUAGGUCGACUCGGUCUAGUGUUGACCUUAAGGCCCGGACGGGCCCCACCGCGACCAGUCGUGAAACAGCAGAGACUCUGCCUUUGGGCUCUCUGACCCCCCAGCGACGGUCCUUGACCCAGUCCCGACGAUCCGUUCCAAGCUUGCGCUCUCCCAGCCUCCAAACCCAAACACCUUCGGCCGCAAAUCGUGCUCCCAAGGUCUCCCCCAAUGCCUUGAAACGACCGCAUCCUCAUUCACGAGGUCCUGAUGCUAAGAGAGCCAUGCCAUCGAGUGUGGCUUAUUCCGAAACUCGCACCUUGCCGAGUGGCCAUAGUCGCUCUUUGAACGGCCCUCGACUGGAGAGUAGGGCUGCGACCAUAGACGACGGCCGGCCCAAAAACGACGAUAUAUUUUUGAACAUUGCAAGGAGCGACUCGCGCCGUCGAGACUCAGUAGGACGGUCGGAUUUCAGACGAUCGCGUUUAGGUGGCUCCGGGCAAACCCUGCAAUCGCCGACCGCGCGAUAUGACACAGAGAAUACUCCUUCCCCAGAUCAGCGUUUCAGCAAUGUCGACCCCUUGCUUGCGCAGAAUACCCUCCCCAACGACACCAUACAGCUCAAUCCCUCACACACCUCCCGGAUGCUUCCCCCCCGAGCCCCGACUGUGAAUGGCGACCAUCAAGAACGCCGAUCAUCUUUGUACGAGUCACGUCUAAACCGCCAUUCGGGCUUAUCUACCAUUAGAGGCAGUCGCCAGCCAUCCGCCUCGGAAGCUACUGAGCGCGGUCGCGACGAGCAUGAGAAACCGCGCGCCGAUGGCACUGAAUCAACAUUGUCCACUAACGCGCCUUCGACCCUGUGGGACGAACUUGAUGACCUGAAGUCACGAAUCCAUAAACUAGAGCUGACGGGGAAAUUACCCCCGUCAUCCCAAGAAGCCAUGUCGAUGUCUGUGAAUGAAAGACCGCGGACGGCCGCGACUACGAUGACUGCUAUUUCCACCUCCCCCCGACACCACCGCAAAGCGAGCAUUCCAUCAGCAGAGACAGAGGGUGUAUCGAAUCAAGUGCAUCCGCUUCUGCAGUCGGCAUUAGCCAAAGCCAAGACAGUCUUAAGUAGCGACGUGUACGCCGCACUGGAGGUGACGAUCACAGAUGCGAUCGCCAUGUCCACAAUGUUGGGCGUCAAUACGGCUCCGUCAGGCACCGUGUCCGUGGUUAACGGGGGCCUUAGUUCAUCCGAGCGGCAAGCUCGACGCAAAGCUGACAGCGUUUGCCGUAGUCUCACGGAGCUAUGCCUGGCUUUGACAGACGAGGAGCUCAAAAGAAAGCGACCUAGCUCUAGCCGGGGCCUAGCUACCACACAACCACUAAACAGCAACGGAGAUAACGAUACGCUCCGACCGGGCUCGUCCUACCAGCGCAGUGGGAGCCAUGAACCAGAAGUCUCCGAUGGACGCUUGAGCCAGAGCACCAAUCGCAUCUCCAGUCGCCUGGGGGCGCGUCGGGCGUCGGUCGCCAACCCGCCGACAGGCGUUCCAGCUGAAUCGAAGCUUGCUCAAUCGCCUAGCUUGCCCACUCCCCCAAGCCGUCUUCACCGCAUUUCUACUUCUCUUCGUAGUCGUAGGCCACCGCCCGCCGAUGAUGACAAGACGGAGACUCCGAGUGUGCAUUCCCGGUCUUUGUCAAGGGCCACGACUGAUCUGGGAACUCCAAGUCCUGGCCAGGGUGUCUCACCGCGACAGCGCCUUCCCCAUGGCCACUCGGCUUCACAUUCGAUUUCGGGGGCUCAGCAAGAGCCGGGCCUGGGCAUUUCCCCUCGUCCCUUGCAAUAUCAAUCAUCCCCCCAAUACCAGUCGCCGGAUCCUUCCCAGAUGCCUGCAUCACAACCACGCACUCCCACUGCUUCCUCGCAAUCGGGCGUGCCGUUCCGUCGCAGCUAUGCGUCUCCUGGUGCGUUCUCGCUAGCAACCCCACGCUCCAGCAUUCAAUCUGGAUCGCGACGCUACGGUCUAUCACCAAACACCCCUUCCAAUGCAACCCUGGGGCCUGGGGCCGAAGCAAGCCCUCGCUCCCCUCAGGCCGAGCAACCCCAGACACGUAUCAGUAUUCCUUCUGCGAAGUCGGUUACUAGCUACACCCCUAUUCACCAACCCCGCCUUCGCACCAAUAGCUUGGGGACUCGGAGAUUCGGUCUCAGACGUCACUCUACAUUAAACCAAGAUGAUGCCAGCAACUUUGAUGACAGCAUUGACUAG